CCAUUUUCCCCUUUCCUCCGCGCCGCCACGAGCUGCCCUAAAGCCCUACCACCACCAGCGCCUCCGCAGUCUGACCGCGUCUCAUCUGUUCUUCUCAAGCCGCUCCGCCGCCUCCCCGCGAAACCCUAGAGUCCGGCGCGCGGAAUGGCGGACGGCGUGGGCUCGGCUUCGGGCCUGGAGGAGAAGCUCGCGGGGCUCUCUACGGGCGGCGGCGGCGACGACAAGCAGAACCCUCCGCCGGCGGGUGAGGGCGGAGAGGAGCCGCAGCUCUCGAAGAACGCGAAGAAGAGAGAGGAGAAGAGGAAGAAGCUGGAGGAGGAGCGGAGGCUCAAGGAGGAAGAGAAGAAGAACAAGGCGGCUGCUGCUGCUGCUGCCAGUGGAAAGACUCAGAAGGCAUCUUCUGCCGACGAUGAUGACAUGGAUCCCACUCAAUACUAUGAGAAUAGGCUCAAGACACUUGAUUUGCUCAAGGCCAUAGGUGUAAACCCCUAUCCGCAUAAGUUCCCAGUUGGCAUCGCUGUAGCCGAAUACAUUGAGAAGUACAAGAGCUUGAGCGAUGGGGAGAAGCUAGAUGUGACAGAGUGUUUAGCUGGGAGGAUCAUGAACAAGAGAACAUCCUCAUCUAAGCUAUUCUUUUAUGAUCUUUAUGGUGGUGGCCUGAAGGUUCAAGUGAUGGCUGAUGCCAGGACCUCAGAGUUGGACGAAGCUGAAUUCACUAAAUACCACUCAGGUGUGAAGCGAGGUGAUAUUGUUGGCAUAUGUGGCUAUCCAGGAAAAAGCAAGCGAGGCGAGCUUAGUGUAUUCCCAAAGAAAUUUGUUGUGCUCUCUCCAUGUCUUCAUAUGAUGCCUCGACAGAAGGGUGAAGGAAGUGCAGUACCUGCACUGUGGACUCCAGGAAUGGGCAGGAACAUUGAAAAUUAUGUUUUGAGGGAUCAGGAAACUAGGUAUCGUCAACGGUACCUUGAUCUAAUGGUAAACCAUGAAGUGAGGCAUAUCUUCAAGACACGAUCUAAAGUUGUCUCUUUUAUCCGGAAGUUUCUUGAUGACCGUGAAUUUUUGGAGGUGGAGACUCCAAUGAUGAACAUGAUUGCUGGUGGAGCAGCUGCAAGGCCUUUUGUCACACACCACAAUGAAUUAAAUAUGAGGCUUUUUAUGCGCAUUGCUCCCGAGUUAUAUCUGAAGGAAUUGGUUGUUGGUGGAUUGGACCGUGUUUAUGAAAUUGGAAAACAAUUCAGGAAUGAAGGGAUUGAUUUAACACACAAUCCUGAAUUCACAACUUGUGAAUUUUAUAUGGCUUAUGCAGAUUACAAUGAUUUGAUGGAGGUUACUGAGACCAUGUUGUCAGGCAUGGUUAAGGAGCUUACAGGUGGGUACAAGAUAAAAUAUCAUGCAAAUGGUGUUACAAAUCCCCCAAUAGAAAUUGAUUUCACGCCUCCCUUCAGAAGGAUAGAUAUGAUUAAAGAUUUGGAGGAAAUGGCCAAUCUCAAUAUACCAAAAGAUUUGUCAAGUGAUGAAGCAAAUCGGUACUUGAUAGAAGCAUGUGUGAAGUAUGAUGUGAAAUGUCCACCUCCCCAAACAACAUCACGGUUGCUUGACAAGUUAGUUGGCCACUUCUUGGAGGAGGCAUGCGUAAAUCCAACAUUUAUCAUCAAUCAUCCAGAGAUAAUGAGUCCAUUAGCAAAGUGGCAUAGGUCCCGACCUGGUCUGACUGAGAGGUUCGAGCUAUUUGUUAACAAACAUGAGGUGUGCAAUGCGUACACAGAGUUGAACGAUCCUGUUGUCCAGAGGCAACGGUUUGAGGAACAACUAAAGGAUCGUCAAUCUGGUGAUGAUGAAGCUAUGGCCUUGGAUGAAACGUUCUGUACUGCCCUUGAGUAUGGUUUGCCACCAACAGGUGGUUGGGGUUUGGGAAUCGAUCGCCUUACGAUGUUGCUAACAGAUUCCCAGAAUAUUAAGGAAGUUCUUCUAUUCCCGGCUAUGAAGCCUCAAGAGUAGUUGUCCACAGAUCCGAAAUGCACAAAAGGUUAAAUUCGGCUGGAUGCUUUGCACCACGACAGAAGGAAAUAUGGAGGUUUGUGCAUCUAUAGGGAAGUUAUACAUCUUUUUGCCAGUGCGUGUGAGGGUUUUUCAAUUUUCAUUGUUUUGAUAAACCAUUGUGUUUUGCCUUGGCUGCUGACUAUUGACCAAAAAUUGUACCGUCAGUGAUGAAAACUCUGCAACCUAAAAUGUAGCGUUUAAGGAGGAUGUGCAAAAUACUCUGGGUCUAUGCAGAAAUAUGCGCGCGCAAAGUCUACGCGGAUGUGUGAAACAUUCAGUGUGCGAAA